CGCGGUGCCAAUAACGGGCAUCAGGGAAAGGGCGGGACAAAAGUGUUCGCGGGAGGGAGGGGAAGGCCUAGGGAAGCAAGCAGCGCCGCCGCCGCAGCUGCAGCCGGAGUUGGAGGAGGGAGAAGCUAGGAAGAAAAUGGCGGCUGUGGCUGCAGAGGCGGCAGCGACUGCAGCGUCCCCCGGGGAGGGGGGCGCCGGCGAGGCCGAGCCGGAGAUGGAGCCCAUCCCCGGCAGCGAGGCCGGCACUGACCCCCUCCCGAUCACCGCUACUGAAGCGUCCGUGCCGGACGGCGAGGCGGACGGGCAGCAGUCCGCUCCUCAGGCCGACGACCCACCGCUCCCGCCUCCGCCGCCGCCGCCAGGGGAACUCGCCCGCAGCCCCGAGGCAGCGGGGCCAGAGCUGGAGGCUGAGGAGAAGCUGCCCGUCCGGGUGGCGGAGCCAGAGGCAGCUGCGCCUCGCGAAGGACCCGACCUUCCACCCUCUCCCCCAGCACAGCCGCCGGAGCGGCCCCGGUCUCCGGACGAGCGCGAGGAGACGCCGCUGUCCCAGCCUGCAGCCCCGGGGCUGCUGCCGCCGGCGGGCGGGGACUCGGCGGUGUCGCAACUGAUUCCGGGCUCAGAGGUGCGGGUCACGCUGGACCACAUCAUUGAGGACGCGCUCGUGGUGUCGUUCCGCCUCGGGGAAAAGCUCUUCUCCGGGGUUCUCAUGGAUCUGUCCAAAAGAGACCUUGAAACGUAUGGUGCAAUAGCUCUACUUUUGGUGGGAAAAAAAUACAGCCAUUCUGGUGCAGCAGUGAGUAGUGGCAUCAGUAGCUUAUACUACAGCAUCCGGGUUGAGAAUUCAGGCCUCCAAGUAGUAUUCUUGAAUGAUUGUGCUGAGUUGUACAUAUUUAGAACAAAUGUGUUUUGGUGAUUAUGGUGCUAAUGA